CUCAGCAGAGCAGCAUCGGGAAAUCUGGCAGACUGGAAGAGAACAGCUGCCCCCCAGGGCAGCCGCGAAGUGUGAAGCAUGGAGGAAAGUAAGAAUGAGAAGGUGAACCAGGCUCAUGUUCUCUUUGACAGAUUUGUCCAGGCUUCAACCUGCAAGGGGACUCUCAAGGCUUUCCAAGAGCUCUGUGACUAUCUAGAACUAAAGCCCAAGGACUAUCGCUCCUUCUAUCACAAACUCAAGUCCAAGCUAAAUUACUGGAAAGCCAAAGCCUUGUGGGCCAAAUUGGAUAAAAGAGGCAGCCAUAAGGACUAUAAGAAGGGGAAAGCAUGCGCCAACACGAAGUGUCUGAUAAUUGGGGCUGGACCCUGUGGCCUUCGUACAGCUAUCGACCUAUCAUUCCUAGGAGCCAAGGUGGUGGUCAUAGAAAAGAGGGAUGCUUUUUCCCGCAAUAAUGUGCUGCAUUUGUGGCCAUUCACCAUACAUGACUUGAGGGGUCUUGGCGCCAAGAAGUUUUACGGCAAAUUCUGUGCAGGAUCCAUAGACCAUAUCAGUAUCCGUCAGCUCCAGCUUAUCCUUUUGAAGGUUGCCUUGAUCUUGGGAAUAGAGAUCCAUGUCAACGUGGAAUUUCAGGGGCUUGUUUACCCUCCAGAGGAUCAGGAGAAUGAAAGAAUAGGCUGGCGUGCAUUGGUCCACCCGAAAACCCAUCCAGUAUCUGAGUAUGAGUUUGAAGUAAUCAUUGGAGGGGAUGGCAGGAGGAACACCUUAGAAGGGUUUCGCCGAAAAGAGUUCCGUGGUAAACUAGCAAUUGCUAUCACAGCAAACUUCAUCAAUCGCAACACCACAGCUGAAGCCAAAGUAGAAGAGAUCAGUGGUGUGGCCUUCAUAUUCAACCAGAAGUUCUUCCAGGAUCUACGAGAAGCCACAGGUAUUGACUUGGAGAACAUUGUCUACUACAAAGAUGAUACACACUACUUUGUCAUGACUGCCAAAAAACAGAGCUUGCUGGAGAAAGGAGUGAUACGGCAUGAUUAUGCUGACACAGAGUUACUACUCUCACGAGAGAAUGUGGACCAGGAGGCUCUGCUAAACUAUGCCAGAGAAGCAGCUGACUUCUCCACUAAUCAGCAGCUGCCAUCACUGGACUUUGCCAUCAAUCACUAUGGUCAGCCAGAUGUGGCCAUGUUUGACUUCACGUGCAUGUACGCAUCGGAGAACGCAGCCCUUGUGCGAGAGCAGAAUGGCCACCAGUUACUUGUGGCACUGGUUGGGGACAGUCUCUUAGAGCCAUUUUGGCCAAUGGGAACUGGAAUAGCCAGGGGAUUUUUGGCUGCAAUGGACUCUGCUUGGAUGGUACGAAGUUGGUCACUCGGAGCUAGUCCUUUGGAAGUUCUUGCAGAGAGGGAAAGCAUUUAUAGGCUACUGCCCCAGACCACCCCUGAGAAUGUGAGUAAAAACUUCAGCCAUUACAGCAUUGAUCCCGCCACCCGGUAUCCCAAUAUCAACGUCAACUUCUUGCGGCCACAGCAGGUACGCCACUUGUAUAAUACAGGAGACUUGAAAGACAUUCACCUAGAAAUAGAGAACUUUGUGAACUCCAGGACACCAAAGCUGACUCGGAAUGAGUCUGUAGCUCGCUCUAGUAAAUUGCUCAGUUGGUGCCAGAGGCAGACUGAUGGAUACGCUGGUGUAAAUGUGACAGACCUCACAAUGUCAUGGAAAAGCGGCCUAGCUUUGUGUGCCAUUAUCCACAGAUACCGUCCAGACUUAAUAGACUUUGAUUCUUUGGAUGAACACAAUGUGGAGAAGAAUAACCAGCUGGCCUUUGACAUCGCUGAAAAAGAGUUUGGAAUAUCUCCCAUUAUGACUGGAAAUGAAAUGGCAUCUGUCGGAGAGCCAGAUAAACUGUCAAUGGUGAUGUACCUCACACAGUUCUAUGAGAUGUUCAAAGACACCAUCCCCUCUAGCGAUAGUCUGGACCUGAAUGCAGAAGAAAAAGCUGCCCUAAUUGCCAGUACCAAAUCGCCUAUCUCUUUUCUCAGUAAACUGGGACAAAGCAUCUCUCGGAAGCGCACUCCAAAGGACAAAAAAGAAAAGGAACUGGAUGGUGCAGGAAAGAGGAGAAAAACCAGCCAAUCUGAGGAUGAGGACAUCCCGCGAAGCUACAGAGAAGAAAGGCCCACGCUGGUGAGUGCCCUGACAGAAAGGAGAAUUGAUGCUGCCAUUGGGAAUCAGAACAAAGUCAAGUCUAUGGCAACCCAGCUACUGGCCAAGUUUGAGGAGAAUGCGCCAGUGCAGUCCUCAAGCUUACGAAGACAGGGCUCGCUCAAAAAGGAGUUCCCUCAAAACCUGGGAGGCAGUGAUGUCUGUUAUUUCUGCCGCAAGCGAGUCUAUGUGAUGGAAAGGCUGAGUGCUGAAGGCAAGUUCUUCCACCGCAGUUGCUUCAAGUGUGAAUACUGUGCAACGACUCUGCGCUUGUCAUCUUACGCCUACGAUAUUGAAGAUGGUAAAUUCUACUGUAAGCCUCACUACUGUUACCGACUCUCUGGUUAUGCUCAAAGGAAGAGGCCAGCAGUGGGUCCUCUGUCAGGAAAGGACAUCAAAGGACCUCAGCAGGACGCCAUGGCAAGUGACGGAAGCGGACGGGCAAAUACCAUCUCCGCCGCAGCAGAGAGGGCCCCAGGUUCUAAUGUAAAUGGGCUGGAAGAGCCCAGCCUGGCUAAGCGGCUGCGUGGCACGCCUGAGCGGAUUGAGCUGGAGAACUACCGACUGUCACUGCAGCGGGAAGAAGAACUGGAAGAGGUUCCUGAAGAGACGCUAGCAGAGCAUAACCUGAGCAGUGUGUUGGACAAAGGAACAGAAGAGGAUGUGCCCAGCAGUAGUUCAGAGUCUGAGAUGGAGGAGGAAGAUGAGGAAGAAGAUGAUGAACUACUGCCUCAGCAACCCCCUUCAGACUUGGGUGGUGUGCCUUGGAAAGAGGCUGUGCGUAUCCACGCCCUCCUGAAGGGAAAAAAAAAAGAAGAGAAUGAGGCUGAGGAAAAUCAUGAGAUUGAGGACAAAGACGAGGAGGAGGAGGAGGAAGAAGAGGACGAAGAGGAGGAAUACGAGGAGUCGAGCGAAGAGGGGGAGUAUUGCCCUUGGGAGAGAGAGCUGCAGCAAGGCCUCUGGCUUCAACGUCUCUCAAAUGAAGAGGACACGGGUACAUUUAAAGCUGGAAACCUUAGACUGCAGCAGAUUGUAAAUCCGGUUGAUCCUCUGGAGAUCCUGGCAGAUGUGCACUGGACACACAUCCGUGAAAAAGAGGAGGAGGAAAAAAUGGUCCCAACCACAAAGUCCUCCACCUCCAGAGCAUCCGACCUUCCCUCCGUACGCCAUGAGGCGGUACAGGCGUGGCUGGAGACGGUCCCUGGAGCUCCAUGGGAGGACAAUGAUGUGGAGGACGAGCUGGGCACCGAGCCUGCAGACACAGAAGGGCAGGCAGGUGAAGAGGGAGACACGGGUGCAGAGCUGGAUGACGAUGACAUUCCAUCUGAUGCAGAAGCAGAGUUUCGCUUACAUCAAGGUGGCUUAGAAGAGCCAGAACUAAAAGUUUCUGAAGAUGAAGAUGAUGAAGAAGGAGCAGAAGGUGCUUCUUGCAGUGUGACAGAAGAUCCAUGCAAGCCAUCCAUCCCUAUCCAGUCAUCUAGUGACACUGUUCUUCCUCUGUCUCCGGUUGAUAGUCCCAAAGCAAAACAAGCAGAGAAUGUAAAAGAUCCCCUGGCUGAAGUAUCCCGUGUGCUAAAAUCUCCAGAGGCACGCUUUUUUCCUGAGCCUUUCAUUCUUGAGGAAGGACCAAAAGAUGAAAUUCCCAAAGACAGGAAAGUUAAGAGCCCUUUGGUGCCACCAUCUCCAGUGUUAUCCCAGCCGGUUGCAUCACCAGAAGCCAUUGCACCUACAUCACUAGCAGAGUCUCAGUCAGCAGCACCAACAUUGGCUUCAUCCCCAACAUCGGCUCAAAUGCCUAUCUGUUCCCAGCCUUUGCCUUCUGCUGAAACAUCCAUUCCAUCCCCAGUGGAGCCUCCAGUAUGUUUCCAACCUGUCCCAGCCUUAACAUCUACUCCUUUAGCCAAACUGGUCCUUAGGGGCCAGGAUAGUGAGGUGGAAAAACUGGGGAGCCCUACUAAUGCAGAAGAAGCCCUGAAACGGAGUAACCUUGUAGAAGAGUUCUGGAUGAAGAGUGCUGAAAUCCGGAGGAGCUUAGGGCUCACCCCAGUAGACAGAAACAAACGCUCAGAGACGAACUUCACUGUGUCUGCCCUUGAGACAACUCCUCUGAAGACUUUUAAUAGUGAGAAUAUUUCAGGGGAUGAAAGGAUCCAUCUUGUGAAACCCCAACCUGCCCCAAGAAGACAGGGACUGUCCAAGUUAGAAAACGAGCAGAUUUCUCUGCUCACUCCAAAAUCUCCAUCAGAAAAAGAGCUAAAGAGUUCCAGUGACGUAAGGAGAGAUGUAUCCAGCAGUUCUGGACUUGGCCUUCAGGAGAGCUCAUCUAACAUGAGAACUAUGGCUAGCCAGAGCUUCAACACUUCUGACUCUACCAUGCUUACUCCUCCAUCAAGUCCGCCACCACCACCUCCUCAGGGUGAAGAACCAGCCACUUUGCGUAGAAAGAGGCAUCAAGCAGUCUGGCAGAAUGAGGUUGAAGCCAGGUCACCUCCAACACCAGCAUCAACACCUCCUGCUCCCCCACGCCAUGAGCCAACCUCUGCUGCCAAAGAGUCAACCCAGGCCAAAAAAGACGAUGUGCGGAAGUCUUUUGCAGAGAGCGUGGAUGAGAUUCCGUUUGCUGAUGAUGUAGAAGACACAUAUGAUGACAGGACAGAGGACUUAAGCCUUCAUGAGAAGUUCUUUACACCUCCUACCAGUAGGCCAAGGCCAGAGAAGCCACUUCUUUUGCCCUUGGUCAAAGAAAAUGGUGGUCCACCCUCAAUCGAGAGAGGGGUUAACCAAAAGAAGAGAGUGUUGCCUGAAAUUUCUGCGGAGGCCAAGGAGCUUGCUGAAGAAAGAAUGAGAGCCAGAGAGAAGUCUGUCAAGAGCCAAGCACUGCGUGAUGCCAUGGCUAAACAGUUGUGUAAGAUGAAAGAUAUGGAGAUGGCUGCAGCUGCUGCUGCUGGGGCCACAAGGGCACGAAAGGCAUCUUCUAUGCCCUUGAAGACCAAAGAGUUGUUUUAUGACUCUCCAAAGCAUCUGGCCUUGAAAAUAGCAGAGGGAUCCACACGAAAGCAUGAUGCUGCUAGUGAGAAGUUCUCCACUUCUGCUGCUGAUGUGGCUGGACCUGAAGGGUCUGUCACCUCUUCAGAAGGCUCCAGUGGGAAGAGUAAGAAAAGAACUUCUCUUUUCUCCCCUCGUAAGAACAAAAAGGAGAAGAAAUCCAAAAAUGACAGCAGGCUUUCUGACAAAUCUAGUGGUGGAACAGAGGAAGCAACAAAGCCUAGAUCGUUAUGGAAGUCUGUUUUCUCUGGGUAUAAGAAAGACAAGAAGAAAAAGACUGAUGACAAAUCCUGCCCAAGUACUCCCUCAAGUAGUGCCACUGUGGAUUCUGGCAAGCACAAAGCUUCUCCGUUGGUUACAGCUGCAGAUUUGCAGCUCCGUCAACACCUGAGUUUCUCAGAGGACUCCGACCUCUCCAGUGACGAUAUUCUGGAACGUUCCUCCCAGAAAUCCAAGCGAGAGUCGAUUUAUGUACCACACGCCUUGGCUUUCAAGAGGUCAUAUUCGUCAAAGAGAGCCUACACAGAAGAGGAACUGAAUGCCAAGCUGACCCGGCGAGUACAGAAAGCUGCCCGUAGACAAGCCAAGCAAGAGGAGCUAAAGAGGUUACACAGAGCUCAGAUCAUCCAGCGGCAGCUUGAACAAGUGGAAGAGAAGCAGAGGCAACUCGAGGAGAGAGGGGUUGCUGUAGAGAAGGCCCUUCGGGGAGAAGCAGUUGAGCCCAAUGCCGGGACACCACGUCGUAGACCUCUCUCCUUCUGCCCUUGCUGUGCCCAUGAAGGCAUGGGUAAGAAGGAUGAUCCCAAGCUGAUGCAGGAGUGGUUCAAGCUGGUGCAGGAGAAGAAUGCCUUGGUUCGCUACGAGUCCGAACUGAUGAUAUUCGCUCGGGAGCUAGAACUGGAAGACAGGCAGAGUCGAUUACAGCAGGAACUCCGGGAGAGGAUGGCAGUAGAAGAUCAUCUGAAGACAGACGAGGAGCUCUCAGAGGAGAAGAGGAUCCUGAACGAGAUGCUAGAAGUAGUGGAGCAGAGAGAUUCUCUCGUGGCUCUCCUUGAGGAGCAACGGCUUCGAGAAAAAGAAGAAGACAAGGACCUGGAGGCAGUCAUGCUUUCCAAAGGUUUUAGCUUGAACUGGUCCUGAGCUUAACACAUUUACCUCUGCUGGUCUGUGUUGUCCAGUUGGCCUACCCUGAGUUCGCCAGAAUUACAUGGAUAGGAAGAUGUUGAAGGGGAAACCUCCGAAGGGUCCGACAGCAUGCAGGGAUUUGGUUUGAAGCACUCAGAAGCCUUUUGAUAAGUGUGUUGGUUCCAGAAGCUUAAGUUUUACAUGUCUGCAAGCCAAGUUGAAGAUAAUGAGUUGAGACUGUGGAGUCUCCUUGAGGUCCUAUACAACGGACUGUAUUUUUGUGUGUGUGGUAGGAGGGAGAGGAAUAAUCCAUAUGUGGGGAAGGAGGUUAAGGGAAGAAGUACCCUUAACUAAACUGGAUUUAUGGCAGUCCAUUCCUUUCCCAUUUGUACUACACCAGUUCUAAUAAAAGGGAGGGAAGUGGCAACCCUCUCUGCAAAACCACAGCAGCCUGUAGCAGCCUGUAUGGUGGAGUCAGCUGUCCAAGAGAGCUCCAGAAGCCCAGGGCAACACCUUCUUUGCUUUAGUCUUCCUCCCCACCAAAGAAACCUGCAGUUGAUCAUUAUGCAUGGAUAUGAAGAAAUAUGAAAC